AUGCCAGAGCUGGGCCGCAUCGGCGAGGAGGAUCGCCACCCCGCGAGGAAGGCCGAUGCCAGAUCACAAGUGGUGGUGAUUGGCUGGUUGGCCUUUUGUGGUCCGGGGCUCUUCAAUGCCUUGAACGGGCUCGGGAACGCCGGCUCGGACGACGCUGAUGUCGCAGCGUUGGCCAACGGCUGCUUAUACUGCACCUUCGCGUUGUGCGGCUACUUCGGCUCCGUCGCCUUCAACCUGCUGGGCCCCACGAGGCUGCUGUCUUUGGGCGGUGCCAGCUAUGCCGUCUAUGCGAGCUGCGUCUACUUCUCGGUUCGCGCCAAGUGGCUCGCCGUGCUGGGUGGCGUGGUUUUAGGCAUCGGUGCGGGGCUCUUCUGGACGGCCCAAGGUUCACUGAUGAUGGCCUACGCCACACCCAAAUCCAGAGGGCGCUUGAUCGCAAUCUUUUGGGUGAUCUUCAACCUGGGAGGUGUCUGUGGGGGCCUUCUGCAGUUCAUGCUGAACUUCUCCGAGGAAGGAGCCUCUGCCAAUCCCUUCUCCUACUUCGCGUUCGUUUUGGUGAUGCUUCUGGGCGCUGCGUUGGCGCCGGUGCUCUUGGCCGAGCCGUCCUCGGUGCAGCGUGAGGAUGGCAGUCCGGUGCUCUUCAGUCAGGCAGAGUCGCCGCUGGAAGAGCUUCAUGCGGCAUGGCGCUCCUUACGUGAGCCCUUCAUCCUGCGUAACUUGCUCUUCUACUUGGCCUCCAACUGGUUCUACACUUACAACUUCAAUGGCUUCAAUGGUCACCAGUUCAACAUCCGCACGCGGGGCCUGAACUCGGCAGCCUUCUGGGCAGCACAGAUGUGGGCGUCCUCCCGCUUUGGUCAGGUCUUGGACUCCGACUCGCCGCCCCGGCAACGGGCACAGCGAGGGAUGCUUCUGGUCGCUGUGAGUCUGCUACUCUCGUUGGGUUUAGCGCUGCAGGACAGCCGUUGGCGGCCCUGCCAGGGGCAUCUGGGCUGGGACAAAGGUCAAAGCUGCCGUUGGGAUGUCUCGAAGGACUUUCCGCAGUCGCUGUGGCCGAUGGCCAUUUUCUUGCUGUUAGGGGCCUCUGAUGCGAUCUACCAGAACUACGCGUAUUGGUUGAUGUCCAUGGCCGCUGGCGGCGAUGUUCGCAAGACGGUGAUGUACUCUGCUGCCUACAAGGGGGUGCAAUCCCUGGGUGCUGGCAUGGCUUGGUUGAUAGAUCUGACGGAGGCCUCCUACUUUCUGCAAGGCAGUCUCUGUUUGGUGCUCACUUUGGGAGCGUGUCUUCCGGUGUUGGGCACCUUUCACAUGCUGGAGGAUGGGAAGAAGGAGGACAGCCACGCCUGA